AUGUUGCGUUGCGCGUUGCUGGCCACUGAGUGUCAGUGUCAUGCAGGUUUGACCUUCGAUCAUCAGCUAUCCCAACAGGUGCUCGCAGACAUGUGCGCCACCAUACAGCCGCAGAUCUGGACACGCGCAACAGGAUUCAAGGCGUUCUUUGCUCCUCUGCUGCAGUGCCUGGAAGCUUCCAACAUGGCUGCAGCAUGGUCGUUGUGCUGGGUGCCUGUUUGGGCCAUCGGCCGCUCAGCCACCUACUUGCAGCUACAGGGACGGGCCGACCUGCUCGUGUGCUAUGCCAUGUUGCUGCUGAUAGCCAUGUGGUUAAAGUUUCUCUGCAUUUGGCGCUUUGCGCGCCUUUGGGCCCUUUGCGAUGGCAUCGACGUGCCCGAGAACAUGCAACGAUGCGUUUGCAACAACUAUUCACUCUCAGGAUUUUGGCGCGGAUGGCAUGCUAGCUUCAACCGCUGGCUUGUGCGCUACUUGUACAUCCCGCUGGGCGGGCGUGGGCUUCUGUGGGCAAACGUAUGGAUCGUGUUUGGCUUUGUGGUCGUGGAGCACUUGGUUGCUACGACCCGGCGCCGCAAGGCCGCUUCGUUCCCAGCGGAUGUCUCGAGGUGGCUCCGAGCAGGUGCAGGAGACACAACGUGGGACAACCCACACAGCUCAGCAAGCGCAGCAUGA